AUGAAAGUCAAUCCUAAACGCCCUAGCAACUGGUUCGGCGUCACCUACAGUCCCUACAGUGCCGUCCAAAAGCUUGCCUCAAGAAAUAUUCAAAUAUGUGAAUUUGUGUCAUGCGGCGGAUUGAUUUCAUGCUACCCCAUGGCCCGUUGGCUGGGUAAGUCAGCAGAGUACGCAUGCUCCAGAGACCAAGAGCACAGAAUUCCUCUAUACGCACUCGACAUGAUCGACGCGUUUUGCCUGAGUUCGGGCUAUCCGACGCUGGAACUUCUCACUAAUAUUAUUUUCAUUUGGAUGGGGCUUUCUCAAUCUUUCGAUCUAGGUUUUGAUUUUGCUUCGCUGCCGUUUUCUCCAAUCGGGCAAGAAGGAUGCGAAGGACUAAGAUUUAUGGCUCCAACUAUCCCCAUAGAUUACACUGGGCAGAGAGAAUCCACACAGUUCUCCAAGAGGCGGACUGGGAGUAUGAUGGGGAAAACUAGGAAAGUUUCCAAGGGCAAUUCAACCGGCUUUGUCCCGGAUUAUCGGCAUGCGGUGGAGACGGUGGCCGAGUCAGAAGGUUUUGUCAUCUCUGGCCGAGCUGAUGUGGAAUUGGCUGCUUCUGAGGACCCACGUGCUCCGAAUAGGAAGUACAUCAGCUUGAACAUGGAUGGUUUUGAUAGAUCAGUUGUGCCGACUCAGCUUUUUUCUCUAUCUAUGAUACCACCUUUUGAGAGGAGGGAUUUACAGAUCAGGUUUAAGAGUGAGCUUGAUAAAGUCUUGAAGCUUCAAAGCAAAUUAGCUUCUUUUAGCUCAAAUGUGUUAGCCCAUCUGCCGGGUAAUGUUGUUGAUACACAUCAAUAUGGGCCGAAAGGACAUGCUGUGAUGGAAACUUUGCCUGUGUCUUCAGGGAAGAAAAAACUCCAUCCCGGAAGAAAUGGGCCCCGCCCUAAAGGUGGACCUGUGGCAGCUAAUAAUAGAAAUGAGCUUCUGAAGCAACAAAGUUUUAUGAAGAGUACCGGUUUUGUCAUGUUGAUGAAGCAGUGUGAUACACUGUUAACUCGGCUAAUGGGACAUCAACUAGCUUGGAUUUUUAACGAGCCAGUUGACAUUGUAAAACAUAAUAUUCCAGAUUACUUCAAUGUUAUUAAGCAUCCAAUGGAUUUAGGGACGGUGAAAAGUAAGUUACUUUCGAAUCAAUAUAGCAGCCCAAUGGAUUUUGCUGCCGACGUUAGACUCACAUUCAGGAAUGCCAUGACUUAUAACCCAGUCGGACAUACUGUCCAUAGUAUGGCUGAUGCAAUGAGUAAAUACUUUGAAACGAGAUGGAAAUCAAUUGAGAAGAAGAUUUCAUCGAAAGCAGAUGAAUCAGCGCCUGCAAAAUCAAGUGUCAUUAUGGAAACUGAGAGUGCUUAUUUGCCUCCUGUUAAGAAGCAGAAAACCACUUCUACAGAAAGCAGUGUCAGGCAUGAGACUGAGAAACGGGUGAUGAGUGAUGAUGAGAGACAGAAACUGGGUACUGACCUGGAGGAAUAUCUGGCCGAAUUGCCAGAUAACAUUGUCAGUUUUCUGAAAGAGAGCACCUCAAACAGUAGUCAAGUAAGUGAGGAUGAGAUUGAAAUUGAGUUGAGUUCUCUUGGUGAUGAAAUUCUGUUCAAAUUGCGAAAACUUUUGGAUGAUUUUCUUAUGGAGAGGCAGAAAAAACAACCCGAGACCAGUAAAAUUGAGAUGCAGAAGGAAUCUGGGUUUGACAGUUCAUCUAACCAGCCUUGCCAAGUAUAUGAGCCAGCUGACGAGGAUGUGGAUAUUGGUAUAGAUGUUGCGCCACCUGCAUCCAGUUAUCUGUUAAUUAAAACUGAUGCGGAUGCUGCACGGAGUAACAAUAAGUGCAGCAGUUCAAGGAACUCCGAUACAGAAGCUGAUUCUGGUCAUUCUGCCUGUGAAAUAGAUGAUGACAAGAAGUCAGUUCUUGCAACUUCUUCAAAUGGAAUUGUGGAUGCUGUUGUAAAGGAGCACCGUCAAUUAAGGGAGGAUCUAAAUAGUGGAGAUUCCUUGAACGGAAAUGCUGAUGAGCGAAAUACAGCAUCAAACCCUUCAUCAUCUAUCGAGCCGCAUUAUAACCCAGAGGGGGAGGGUGCUCCACAAGAAAGGCAAGUCUCCCCUGACAAGCUGUACCGAGCUGCUCUAUUGAGAAGCAGAUUCGCCGACAUUAUACUCAAAGCUCAAGAAAUUGAGAAGGGAGAAGGACCUGAUCCCGAUAAACUGAAGCUCGAUAAAGAAGAGCUUGAAAGGCGGAGGAAAGAAGAGAAAGCUCGAUUGCAAGCUGAGGCCAAAGCUGCAGAGGAGGCUAGGAAAAAGGCCGAGGCUGAAGCUGCAGCAGAAGCCAAAAGGAAAAGAGAACUUGAAAGGGAAGCUGCACGUGAAGCUUUGCUCAAGAUGGAGAAGACCGUUGAAAUUAACGAGUGCAGCCAAUUUAUGGAAGAUCUGGAGAUGUUCAGGUCUGGACAAGACGAGCCAUUGCAAAGCUUCAUAGAGGCAGCAAGCCCUGAAAAUUCUCAAAAUGGCCUUGGUAGUUUUAAGUUUCCAGCAAGCAGUAAUCCACUUGAGCAACUUGGGCUGUAUAUGAAAAAUGAUGACGAUGAGGAAGAAGAAAUCGAACCUCACAGUAAUUUGGAUGCUUCAAAUGAUCCGGAAGAAGGAGAGAUCGAUUGACCGGCAUCACUUGAAAUUUAUUGAAGUAAUUUGAAAAAUAUCACAAUAAAUAUCCUUUCUGAAUGCUAGCUUUCCUGUUAAUGGGAAGUGUAUGGGGAUGUCUUCUUGGGCACUCUGAUUGGAAUGUUUAAUUCUGUAUAAAAACUGAGCAGAAAGGCCGGCUCAUAGCUUGGAACGUAGUCCUCCAAGAGUUCUUGAUGGCUGACCGGUUUCUGUUUAUAAUUUGAAUGAUUUCGAAUCAGCUUUGGUGUAUCUCUCGCAAUAUUUCUUUUCCUUACAUUUUGUCUUUUGCUCAUCUGUGUUUCAGCUCCUGUACAUCCCUAAUUUUGUUUUGUUCCUAUUUCUUGCUUCCUUUGUGAGUAUUUGGAUCUUUGUGUUUAGAAAUGGAAGAUAGAGAUUAGAUGGUGUGUUGGAAUUGCAGCAGAUACAGCUUUUUUUUUAGGAAGCAGUUUUUGUGCUUUGUAUCGGCUGAAAGAGCACAUGCUUGCCAUUUGAAUAAAAAAGUCUUUUGAGUA